CCGGUAGCAGCAGGGUUGUCUUUGCGCUGACUUGCUUGUGAUUCAUGUUUUGUUAGCUAAUCUGGCGAGCAGAUGUCGACCGGUCGAACGUAUUUUCAGAUGAAUAUAUGUGCAUAACACUGUUCAGACGUCACUCCUAGUAAGAGGGGAGGAUGGUGCACCGACGCACCCCACCUGAGGAGUCCCGGGGGAUGGAGAACCAGGAGCCUGAUAAUGAGUCGGACAGGGACUCUGGUGUCGGGGAGGACGCAGGAGAUGAUGCUGACAGUUGCCAUGGAAGCACAGGGAUGGAAGAGGAGGAAGUCGAGGGGCAAGAUGGCACCGAAGAGAACAACACGGAGGGAGAAGAUUUUACCGUCUUUGUCGCCUUUCAAGGGAAUAUGGACGAUGAGGACUUCACCCGAAAACUUGAAGCUGUCGUCAGUGGCAUACCAAACAUGCUUGAUAUGGGCUCAGAGAGACUACAACCACAACACGUGGAGCCGUGGAACAGUGUGCGGGUUACCUUUAACAUUCCUCGGGAUGCUGCUGAGCGACUCAGACUGUUGGCCCAGAACAACCAGCAGCAGCUCAGGGACCUGGGGAUUCUCUCUGUGCAGAUAGAAGGGGAAGGGGCCAUCAAUGUGGCUGUGGGACCAAAUCGGGGGCAAGAAGUUAGAGUUAAUGGACCAAUUGGUGCACCUGGACAAAUGAGAAUGGAUGUUGGCUUUCCAGGUCAGCCUGGUCAAGGAGGUGUGAGGAUGGCUAAUCCAUCAAUGGUCCCCCCUGGGCCUGGCAUGGUAGGUCAAACUAUGUUGCCAGGCAGUAGUGGACAGAUGCACCCUCGUGUUCAGAGACCACCUUCACAAACAGACGUUAUGGAUCCAAUGAUGCCAGCCAUGUCAGUUCAGCAGCAGCAACAACUUCAGCACCAACAGGCUGGUCCACAUGGCCCAGGCCCCAUGCCUCCUCAAGCAGCCCAUCACAUGCAGGCUCUGCAGGCUGCGAGACAGCUCAACCCUGCUGCACUUCAACAGCUACAACAGCAGCAUCACCAACAGGCCCAGCAGCAAGCUCAGCUCUCACAACUUGGACCUAGACCUCCUUUCAACCCUUCAGGACAGAUGGCUGUACCUCCUGGCUGGAAUCAGUUGUCCACUGGUGUCCUUCAGCCACCAAACGCCCAAGGAGGCCCUGCCUGGAGAAAGCCGCCACCCCAAGCCCAGAUGGUUCAGCGCCCACCCUCCCUUGCUACAGUUCAGACCCCUAACCAUCCUCCGCCACCUUACCCAUUUGGUAGCCAGCAAGCUGGGCAAGUAUACAAUACCAUGGGUCAAGGACAGUUACAGCAACAACAACAGCAGGCAGGAAUGGGCCAGUUUGCAGCACCACAGCCUAAAGGCCAACAGGCUGUCCCUGGUGGUGUUGCUGGACCACCCAGGCCCCCUCCACCGCUUCCUCCAACGUCUGGACCUCAGGGCAACCUCGCUGCCAAGUCCCCUGGCUCGUCAUCAUCCCCCUUUCAGCAGGGUUCACCGGGGACACCUCCCGUGAUAGGUCAGAGACCUACAACCCCGCAGGGUUUCCCCCAGGGUGUUGGUUCACCAGGAAGAGCAGCCCUUGGGCAACAAGGUAACAUGCAACAAGGAUUCAUGGGAAUGCCCCAGCAUGGACAGCCUGGGGCUCAAGUUCACCCAGGCAUGCCAAAGCGUCCCAUGGGCUUUCCAACACAAAAUUUUGUUCAAGGUCAGGUGAGUGCUAGCACUCCAGGAACCCCUGGUGGAGGAGCCAAUCAGCAGCUACAGAACAGCCAAGCAAUGGCCCAUGCAGGAGCUCAGCCAUCACCCUCCGUACCAAACACAAUGCAGGGACCACCUCAUGCUCAACCCAAUGUUCUGGGUGUACAAAGUAGCAUGGCAGGUCCGCCCCCAGGUACAACUGCUGGGCCUAGUAUGGGCCAGCAACAGCCUGGCCUCCAGACCCAAAUGAUGGGCCUCCAGCAUCAGGCCCAGCCUGUGUCCUCCUCCCCCAGCCAGAUGGUUCAAGGCCAGGGUGGAGGUCAGACUGUCCUCUCAAGGCCCCUCAGUCAAGGGCAGAGAGGAGGGAUGACCCCACCCAAGCAAAUGAUGCCUCAGCAAGGCCAGGGGGUGAUGCAUGGGCAGGGUCAGAUGGUUGGAGGUCAAGGGCACCAGGCCAUGCUCAUGCAGCAGCAGCAGCAGCAGCAACAACAACAGCAACAGCAACAACAACAACAACAGCAACAGCAACAGCAACAAAACUCAAUGAUGGAACAAAUGGUUCAGAUGCAAGGCAACAAGCAGGCAUUUGGAGGCAAAAUUCCAGCUGGAGUUAUGUCUGGCCAGAUGAUGCGUGGCCCUUCCCCAAAUGUUCCUGGUAAUAUGGCACAAUUCCAGGGACAGGUUGGCCCACAGCAGAUGACUCCGCAGCAGCAGCAGCAGAUGGCUCAACUUCAGCAGCAACAGUUGCAACAGCAGCAACAGCAGCAUCAGUUGCAACAGCAACAACUACAACAGCAACACCAGCAGCAGAUGAACCAGCCACAGAACCAGCAUGUUCCCAUUGCUGGCAAUGCUAAUCAAGUUAUAGGCAUGCAUGGACAACAGAUGAGACUGCCUACUGGCCAUCCUCUUAUCCAACAACAGUUGCAACAGCAGCAGUUACAACAGCAGCAGAAACAACAACAACAGCAACAACAGGCCAUGCUGCAACAGCAACAACAACAACAACAACAACAACAACAGGCAGCUCAGCAACACCCACAUGCCUUGGGGGAUCCCAAUGGUGCAACAGGAGAGUUAGGGGUCCAACAGAUGGUCCCUGAUAUGCAGGCGCAGCAGCAGCAAGGCAUGAUGGGAGGCCCUCAGCACAUGCAGAUGGGAAAUGGCCACUUUGCAGGUCAUGGCAUGAACUUCAAUCCUCAAUUUCCGGGUCAAAUGCCAAUUGGGGGACCCUGUGGACAACCAGGCGGCUUUCCUGUUAGCAAGGACGUUACACUGACAAGCCCACUGCUGGUUAAUCUGCUGCAGAGUGAUAUCUCAGCCAGCCAGUUUGGACCAGGAGGAAAACAGGGAGCAGGUGGGGCUAAUCAGGCCAAACCAAAAAAGAAGAAACCACCCCGAAAGAAGAAGCCCAAGGAAGGGGAAGGGCAGCAGCAAGUAGAUGGACUUGGUGGUCUUGAUGUGGGCGCUGGCACGGAGGAUUCUGAACUCCCAAAUCUUGGUGGUGAACAGGGGUUAGGUUUAGACAACACAGGCCAGAAACUCCCUGAUUUUCCAAAUAGGUCUACAGGCUUCCCUGGCCAGCAAGGAGACCAACGAGUGUUGCAGCAGGUACCCAUGCAAUUUAUGCAGCAGCAGCAGCAGCAACAACAACAACAACAACAACAACAACAGCAGCAGCAGCAGCAGCAGCAGCAGCAACAACAACUACAGCAACAGCAGCAGCAGCAGCAGCAGCAACAGCAGCAGCAGCAACAACAGCAACAGCAGCAACAACAACAACAACAACAACAAAUUCAGCACAUGCAACAGCAGCAGAUGCAGCAACAGCAAAUUCAGCAUCAACAGCAAAUGCAACAACUGCAACAGCAGCAAUUACAACAACAACAACAGCAGCAGCAGCAACAACAACAACAACAACAACAACAACAAAUUCAACAACAGCAGCAAAUGCAACAAAUGCAGUUGCAGAGUCUUCAGAAUUCUCAAGGGCAGCAGGGGAUGACAGGCCCUCAGACACCAGGUCAAGGCCAACCCCAGAUGCACCCUCAUCAGCUUCAACAGCAGCAGCAGCAGCAGCAGCAGCAAACCCAACAGCAACAGCAGCAAACCCAACAGCAGCAACAACAGCAAAUGAUGAUGAUGCUGAAAAUGCAAGAACAGGCAAAGAACCGCAUGCCCAUUCCUCCAGGAGGGCAGCUCCCUCCUCGGGGUAUGGGCAAUCCAACUGAAGUUCAAAGACAUCCAUCACAGCAAGGAAACAUGCCUGUAAUGAUCAGCCUUCAAGGACACGGAGGAGUACCACCGUCACCUGACAAAGCCAGAGGGAUGCCCCUUAUGGUGAACCCACAGCUUGCAGGAGCUGCACGAAGAAUGUCCCAUCCUGAUCUAGGGCAGGGUCCACAGGGCACUGGAUCUGAAGAAUCAACAGGUGCCCACUUGAAGCAGGACAGGCCUGGUGGCCCAGAGAUGGGGGGACAGCCUGGAAAUGGGACCCAACAGAUUAUCACCAGUCAAGGCUCAAACACUCACUUGAUGAAACAAGGUCCUGGGCCACCACAGAUGCCUCAACACACCGGAGCAAGUCCCCAGCAACAGAUACCUGCGCAGCCCCAACAGGGAGGCCCCAUGCCUGGUCUUCAUUUCCCCAAUGUCCCUACAACAUCACAGAGUUCGAGGCCUAAAACCCCCAACAGAGCCAGCCCCCGGCCAUACCAUCCCCUCACCCCAACUAAUCGUCCACCUAGUACUGAACCCUCUGAAAUUAAUCUUUCACCGGAGAGGCUGAAUGCAUCCAUUGCAGGAUUGUUUCCUCCCAAAAUCAACAUUCCUCUGCCUCCCAGGCAGCCAAACCUAAACCGGGGAUUUGACCAGCAAGGCCUUAACCCAACUACUCUGAAAGCCAUUGGGCAGGCACCCCCUAGCUUAAAUUUACCAGGCAGCAACAACAAUGGCAGUACAGGUGUAAAUAACACUAACAGUCAGCAGCCUUUCUCUGCUGUCCCUGGUGCAGGAGCUGCAGGUGCUAAACAGGAAAAACAGCCUGGAGGGCAGGGUAAGAGGGCAAGUCCUAGCAAUAGUCGGAGGUCAAGUCCAGCCUCUAGUCGCAAGUCAGCUGCCCCAAGUCCAGGAAGACAGAAGGGGACAAAAAUGCCUAUCACUGGCCCUCCUCACCAGCAGCAGUUAGUCAACCCGCAGGGGCAAACAAUGAUGCUUGGUCCUAACUCUGUACCUCCAAGUCCAGUAUCUAUGCCCUCACAAGUGAGUGGAGGUAUGGAGGCACAACAGACACAGUUCAUCCCCCAUGGGAUUCAAGGGAACCCUGCUGAUGGAGCCAGGGAGAGUCAGGGAAUGAUGAUGGCAGAACAGCGACAGAUGUCCCAGUCCCAGCCCCAGCCACUGCCUGUAAGGGAGUUGCCAAAUCCCCGAAUGGCAAGUCCCCGUCUGCCUGCACUUCAGCCUCCCAAACCUGAUGUGGAACUGCAGGCUGGCACAGCGGAUAGGCAACCAACACACCCAGCACCUGUGAAGGACUCUUCACAGGACUCACCAUCUCUCAGAGCAGCUCCAACGUCCCUCAACCAGUUACUGGAUAACACAGGUGCUCCCAAUGCGCCUAAAAUAUUGCAAAGUAAUACCGUUAGGGACGCAGUGGGAAAGGACAGCCCCACAUCUGCUUUGGAUUCAGACAGACCACUUCACAGUAACUCCCAGAGUACAGAUGUGUCCACGCCUGUCCCUACUACUGCCACUAUUAGUCAGUCUGAAGUUAAACCCAAACCUGCUCUCGCAGUUCCAAGCAGCAGUCCCAACUUGCAACUUCCUUCAAUUCCCAGCUCACAGCCUUCCACUAAUGUUAACGCUAGUACUUCUUCCAGCUUUAACCAAAACUCCAUCUCCAGUCUUGGUGCCAAUUCCAGUCCAAAUGUAAAUCCAACACCUACCAUUUGCAGCACAGUCAGUACUAACACUAAUGCCAUCCCAAGUGUAACCCCCAACCCGGUCACUUCCAGUCAGAACAGUUCUGCCUUAACUGUCAGUACCAGUUCUAACUCCAGCUCUGGUGUAAACCCAGCCAGUUUGGUUCUAAAACCAAGCCCUAGUCCUAAACCUGUGACAAGUGUACACUCUGUCAUACAGAUCCCUGCCUCGUCAAGCACCAUUUCUCCCAACCAGAUCACUGUUUUCGUCACGUCCAACCCCAUCACUUCUGCUACCACCCCACAGGCACCCACAUCUAUGGUCUCAUCUAUGGUGGCUGUCCCCAACAAGAACAUUAGACCCCAGGACAUCCGACAGCAGAGCCCUGGCCCCCGACCUCAGUUCAUCACAACCCCUGUAUUUAUCAAUCCAAUUUUCCAGGUACCAGGUGCGUCUGUGGCCCCCAAUACAGUGGUAUCACAGUCAGUCACCAUGGUGGGGUCUAUCCAGGUGUCCCCCACAAAUAUCCAACUUUCUCCUGCUCCAACCUCCACCCAGUCCUCAGGAGCCAACGUGAUGAGCACUCACCCUGCUAGAACUGCAGUUGGACAAGUCCAGAUUGCCACUAGUAUGUCCUCUACAGCAACAGUAGGUUCUAUCCCAGCUUCUCAGCAAAUAAACCCAGGGGUUACCAAAACAGAAAACCCUAGUGAGACAGGUUCUACUCAGAAAUCUGCUGUCCCAGUUCAUCAGCCAUCUACCCAUCCAAGUCCCUCAGCACCAUCUCCCUUUCAACCACCUCUGAGUUCUCCUCCUCCUUGCUCUAGUCCUGGGGCUGUUAACACCAUACGAAAGAGUCCCACAACUACAUCUCCCACAGUACAGUUGAAAAGCAAGCCAGCACAAAAUGCUGCAGUCGUUUCUGGUACAGCUGAUUCCCAACAAAGUCCUGUAGAAAGGCAUGCUCAGGGGCAAACAGGGACUGUACCACCAAAAGUCUUUCAUCCCCCUGCUAGUUCUGCUGUUCUGGUUGAAGCUCAAGUUCCCCAUACUACUGCUGUUGCUACAAACAUUACCUUGCCUGCAGUCUCUUCUCCAGUUCCUGUUCCUGGACAAGUUACUGUUCCAACUCAGAUUAUUGCCCAGGCUCAAGUGCUGGCACCAGCUUCAGUUUCAAGCUCAGCAGCGGCUAUAACUUCUCAAGCUCCUGCUGUCACUGUAGUUGGUGCUACCACUGGUGUCUCUCCUUCUGCCUUGCUCUCUACCGUUGCUCCUGUACAAAGUCCUGUGCCGUCCAUUGUUCCAAUUGUUGCCGCACCUGCUCAGGAGGUUUCCUGCUCCACAUCCCCUCCAGUUGCUAAUCCCAGCAUAGUUCCACCUGGCCAGUCCGACUCCCCAGCUAUGGAGCUUCCCAUGCAACCAGUUGCAGCACCUGCUGAAACCACUCAAACUACUCCAGCACCUAUUGAACAAGAAGUUGCACAGUCGCAUGAACCUGUUGCCACUGAGAAGACUGGUGAAGAGGCCUCGGCAGGUUCUGAACAAGGAUGGGCAAAGAAAAGAAAGACGCCCAUCAACUUAGUCCCAAGACCUACUGUGGAAAAGCCCAAAGGUCCAAGCAGACGUAGCUCCAGAGCAGAGAAAGAGGUGGAAGAGGAGCCGGUAGACAGCGGUAUGAGGAAGAGAUCGGCCAGGCCUGGAAACAGUACUGCUGUAAAAGAAACUGGAGCAAGCCCCACCCAGGCCAAACGAAGGAAGUCUAAAUAGGCACAACUGUUGUGGUUGUGGUAACCUGUGAAGUGUACUGUAAAUGUUUUAUUUCCCUCUGUGAGUCAGUUGAUAAUGGUUUCUCUGGCCCAGAUUAUGAAUUUUUGCUGGAGGAAGAAUCCAUGUACAGAUUGUGUUAAGAAGAAUUAUGAAAUUGUUUUGUCCAUGCUAUUAUGUGAGACUGUAGUUAGAAUGUGUGCAUAGAGUUUGUGUGAAUGUGCUUUUUAUAUUAAAUGCUGGAUUAAGUCACGUGAAGACUGAUAAUGGAGCUUGUCAUUACUGUAUAAUUAUGUGUAAAACUGAAUUAAAUUUUCUACUGCUUUUGCUCUGUGAAA